UGUAUAAAAAAAAAACAAUAAAAGAAGAACAUGGAUUGUAUGUUUGAAGCAUAUUUAACACAUGAAAGUGUUAACUUUGAACCUGAUGAUAUUCCACAAACAAGUGAACCUGUAUGGAUAUUAGGAAAAAAAUAUAAUGCAACACAAGAAUUAGAGAUAAUUAGAAGAGAUAUAUUAUCAAAAUUAUGGUUUACAUAUCGUAAAGGUUUUGUACCAAUUGGUGGUUGUGAUGGUCUUACUUCAGACAAAGGAUGGGGUUGUAUGUUACGUUGUGGUCAAAUGGUUCUUGCACAAGCAUUAAUUACAUUACAUUUAAGUAAAAAUUGGUUUUGGACACCUGAAACACGUGAUGCUACUUAUUUACAAAUCUUAAGUAAAUUUGAAGAUCGACGUCAAGCACCAUAUUCAAUUCAUCAAAUUGCACAAAUGGGUAAAUCAGAAGGUAAAGAUAUUGGACAAUGGUUUGGACCAAAUACUGUUGCACAAGUUCUUAAAAAAUUAGUCAAAUAUGAUGAUUGGAGUUGUAUUGAAAUUCAUGUUGCCUUAGAUAAUACAAUUAUUAUUGAAGAUAUUAAACAAUUAUGUAAUAAAACUACAACACGAAGCAAAACAACAUCAGACAAUGAAACAACAACAAAUAAAGAAUGGAAACCAUUAUUAUUAAUAAUACCAUUACGUUUAGGUUUAUCAGAAAUCAAUAAAAUUUACAUCGAUAGUUUAAAACAAUGUUUUGAAUUUGAACAAUCAUUAGGUGUUAUAGGUGGUAAACCAAAUUUAGCAUUAUAUUUUAUUGGCUAUGUGGGUGAUGAUGUUAUCUACUUAGAUCCACAUACAACACAAAAAUAUGCAUUAGUUGAAAAUAAAUUAACGGAUGAACAAUGUUUAAAUGAUUUAACAUAUCAUUGUAAAUAUGCAAAUCGUAUACCAAUUAUAUCAAUUGAUCCAUCAAUAGCAAUUGCAUUCUUUUGUGCAACAGAAUUUGAAUUUGAUACGUUAUGUACACGAAUACAAAAUGAAUUAAUUGUAUCGGAUAAACAACCAUUAUUUGAAUUAUCUGAAACAAAACCAAAACAAUGGUAUCAUUUUGAUGAGACAGCAACAACAAUUGUAUCAACAGGUACAACAAGUAGUACAGCAACAACAAAUUUAUUUAAUACCGAUCAAUUUUUAAUUGAACAUCAAGAUUUUAGUAAUUCUGAUGAUGAUUUUGAAAUUAUUGGAUAAUUCUUUUAAUAUAGAAGUCAAUUAGACAUUUUGUAUUUAAAUUUGAUUGAAGAAAAUAAUUAAGUUUUGUUUUCAUACAACGAUAGAAUUCUAUAUUUUUCAAGAAUAAUUAAAGAAAUUUUGGCAUUAGAACUGUAAAUAUGUAGGUAAUUCCCUCUUUUAUAUCUGUUGUUCGCUUAUUUUUAUAAUAAUGCAAAGACUUAAGGACGUACAUGCGUGAACCUGUUUUGCUAUGUGCGUUCAUAGGGAAACAGUAUGUAAAUU